ACCCUUCAGAUUUUCUUGGAGUGUCAAAAAUCAAAAUUCUCUUACUCUUUUUUUUUUUUUUUUAAUUUCAAUUUUCGCGAUAUUUUUUCUCUUUAUUUUCUACUUUUCUCCGAUAAUUUAAAUUCAGCAUUUCUUUUUUAUUACCCCGAACAAUUAUACAGUUUUGAAAGGAAAAUCAUACAACGACCAACUGCUGUUUUUGGUUUUUAAGGAUUAGGGUUUUGGAUUUUCCUGGGUUUUGAAAAGAAGGAAAUAUGGGUGCAGAGGGAGAUUCGAGCGAGACAAGAGUCGGUGGCAAUGGAGAAGAAGGAAGAGGAGUGAUGAUUAAUAUCCGGUGCUCAAAUGGCACCAAGUUUUCGGUGAGGACGAACCUCGAAUCCUCGGUUGGAUCGUUUAAAGCUGUUUUGGCACGGAAUUGCGAUAUCCCAGCUGAGCAACAGCGAUUAAUUUACAAAGGUCGCAUCCUGAAGGAUGGGGAGACCCUUGAAAGUUAUGGUUUACAGGCUGAUCACACAGUCCACAUGGUUCAUGGAUUUGCCCCAGCUUCAUCUACACCUCCCGCAGCUGCUUCAAAUGCUGGAAGUGAGACCACUACACCAACUGUCACAAGGGGUGUUGGUUCUAACGAAGGUGGGGGAUUUGCAAGUCCUAGUCUAGGGGCACCUCUAUUCCCUGGACUUAAUGCACUAGGUGGUACUAGAGCAUCUGGUUUAUUUGGAGCUGGAUCACAAGAGUUUGAACAAGUACAGCAACAAUUGACUCAAAACCCCAACAUGAUGAGAGAAAUAAUGAACAUGCCUGCUAUACAGAGCUUGAUGAAUAACCCCGAGUUGAUGCGUAGCUUGAUAAUGAGCAAUCCUCAAAUGCGUGAGAUUAUUGAUCGGAAUCCCGAGCUUGGGCAUAUACUUAACGAUCCCAGCAUUCUUCGUCAGACAUUAGAAGUUUCCAGGAACCCUGAACUAAUGCGAGAAAUGAUGCGGAACACUGAUAGGGCAAUGAGUAAUAUUGAAUCCUCCCCAGAGGGGUUUAACAUGCUCAGGCGGAUGUAUGAGAACGUUCAGGAACCAUUCUUGAAUGCCACAACAAUGGGAAAUAGUGGAAAUAAUUUAGGGUCAAAUCCAUUCUCAGCUCUCUUGGGGAACCAAGUUGGGACACAAGCUAUGGAUGCAUCCAACACCCCUGCAGCCACAGGGUCUGAAACAACUGGACACUCUGCUGCUCCAAAUUCGGACCCACUUCCUAAUCCUUGGAGCAAUACUGGUGCCAGUGGUGGGACCCAGACAAACAGUACAGUGAGGCUAAAUCCAGCUUUGGAUGCAACUGCACCAGGUGUUGGUGGUCUGGGAGGGGAUGGUUUUCCAAAUAUGGCACAUAUGUUUAAUGGGACACCAGAUGCUUCCCAGUUAACUCAAUUAUUGCAAAAUCCAGCCAUAUCAGAGUUGAUGCAGAAUAUACUCUCAAAUCCCCAGUACAUGAAUGAGAUGCUCAAUCUUGACCCCCAGCUACGUGGAAUGGUUGAUUUAAAUCCUCAAAUGAGAGAAAUGAUGCAAAAUCCAGAACUACUUCGUCAGUUAUUCUCCCCUGAGACAAUGCAGGAAAUGUUGGCUUUACAGCAGUCAUUUCUUUCCCAGUUUAAUCAGCAGCAUUCAACACAGGAUUCAGCACAGACGGGUGGAACUACUGGGAUGCCUAAUAAUACUGCGCUAGAGAUGUUGAUGAACAUGUUUGGUGGUCUUGAAGCUGGAAGCUUGAGUGUUCCGAACCAACUCAAUGUUCCCCCAGAAGAACUAUACGCAACUCAGCUUUCACAGCUUCAAGAGAUGGGUUUCCCCGACACACAAGAGAAUAUUAGGGCACUGCGUGCCACUGGAGGAAAUGUUCAUGCUGCGGUAGAGCGACUUUUAGGAAACACAGGCCAGUAAUGCUUCAUAUCUUAUCCUGUUACCUGUUACCUGUUACCUGUUGCCUGUUACAAUUAACCAAGAUCGUCAUUGGACAUGUACGAUUAAUUUCUUUGGCUCGGUGCCUUCCCAUACCAUGGAACAUGGGCACACGCGCUGAUACCCUUCUGUGCGCGUUUAAUAAGCAAGAUUGCAAGAACACCCAUCGUAUACCUAUGGACUACUACUGGUUUGAUACGUGAACUUGUAGAUUCACGCUUCUCAAUACUGGAUUUUUGUCAUCCCAUUUUUGUAUAAACUGAAUAUGUUUUUUUUUUCUUUUUUCUUUUUUAAUUUAAGCUGUUAAAUGAAAAAAAAAAUAGUUU